UUCGGUCUCCUUUAUUGAGAAACCUCCGCGCCGGCGGCUUCUUCCUCUCCGUGGCAGGGUGGAUGCGGCGGGGGUGGCUCCAGAGGGUCGCGGUGUUCAUUUAAUACCAGUUGGUGCUGGAGAUGGUGUAGCGGGGGUCGUCCAGCGGGUCCUGCGUCGGGCCUGGCCGAGGGGGGGGUUGCGGGGCGGAUGGAGGAGCGGGUUGAGACUCAGAGCCGGCGGCGCGGGGGCUGCGGCCGAGCCCACCGGAGGCUCCGGUGACGGCGGCAGCGGCUCCGCCAUUGCUGUGAGUGCCGCCGCUUCCGGUCGCGCCGGAAGUGACGCGCUGAAGUCGCGCCGGAGCCAUGCGGGUGUGGGCAGCGCUGCGGGCGGCGGGGACGGUCCCGGGAGGGUUCCGGGAGCGCUUCGAGUUCGGCGGCCGCGAUGUGGCCUCGUGGUUCCCGCGGCACAUGGCGAAAGGCCUGCGGCAGAUGCGCCUGGCGCUGCGCCGCGCCGACUGCCUCGUGGAGGUGCACGACGCUCGAAUCCCGCUGUCGGGCCGUAACCCCGCGCUGCAGGAGGCGCUGGGCAUCCGUCCUCACGUCCUGGUGCUGAACAAGAUGGAUCUGGCGGAUCCCCGCCGGCAGCCGGCAGUCUUGGAGCAGCUGAGGCAGCAGGGAUGCUCGCACGUGGUCUUCACUGACUGCCAGCGUGAUGUCAACGUCAAGAAGGUUGUCCCCAUGGUUGCCAGGCUGGUGGCCGAGAGCCCACGCUACCACAGGGCCGAGAGCUCCGAGCACAACAUCCUGGUGAUCGGCGUGCCCAACGCGGGCAAGUCCUCGCUCAUCAACUCCCUGCGGAGGCUGCACCUCAAGAAGGGCAAGGCCACUGCGGUGGGGGGCGAGCCAGGAAUCACCAAGGCAGUGCUGUCCAGGAUCCAGGUCUGUGAGAAGCCCCUCAUGUACCUGGUGGACACCCCUGGCGUGCUGCCCCCCAAGCUGGGCGAUGUGGAGACAGGCAUGAAGCUGGCGCUGUGUGGAGCCAUCCGUGACCACCUGGUGGGGGAGGACGUCAUGGCUGACUACCUCCUGUACACCCUAAACAAGCAGCAGCAGUUCGGGUACAUGCAGCGCUACGGGCUGGGCCAGGCCUGCGACCACGUCGAGCCCCUGCUCAAGCACGUGGCCCUCACCCAGGGCCGCACGCAGAAGGUGAAGGUGCUGACAGGCACAGGGAACGUAAACAUGAUGAUGCUCAACUACCCAGCUGCUGCCUACGAGUUCCUGCGGGACUUCCGAGCAGGACGCCUGGGCAGGGUGACACUGGACUGAGACCUGUCACUGGACAGGCACUGCCUGCAGCCAUGUGGACUGGGGACACCUCAGCAGGGAGCUGUGGUGUGUGAUUGAAGCAGCUCUGCCAGAGCUGCUCCCGGUUUUGGGCAAGGGGCCGGAGGGAGAGGAUGCCCCGUGGUGUUGCUGUUGUGAUGCUCCCAUGGAGAGCUGUACCCGCCCCUGGGAGCCUGGGGCAGGGCUGGUGCCUCCGGCUGGGACCUGGAAACCGCCAGGGAGCUGUUUCCUCGCUGCGGUCUUGGCCUGCUCUGGAGCCUCCAUCCCGAAAUAAAGCCUGCGUGGGCAGGGGCCGGGCGCUGGCCAUCCCAGGGUCCCGCCCCUCGCCCCGCAUCCAGCCACA